CCUCUCGACAUCACACUAACCAACAAUGUCAGCCUCUCCGGUCGCUUCGACUCUGUCCGCGGACAAUCCAUCACCUCACGAUUCGCCAAUCUACGACCCAUCACCGAAUUCUUCGACGUCAAGCGACUGUCCAAACCCGCAGACUUCGCCAUGGUGCAAAACCGCGUCAACUACAACCUGUCCUACUUCUCCUCCAACUACGCCGCCCUCUUCGUCAUGCUCAGCAUCUACAGUCUCUUGACGAACUUAGUCCUGUUCUUCGUCAUUGUCUUCGUCAUUGGUGGUAUGUGGGGCAUUGGGAAACUGGAAGGAAGAGAUUUGGAUGUCGGAUUCGCAAAAGCGUCGGUCAGCCAAUUGUACACUGGACUGUUCGUCAUUGCGACGCCACUCUUCUUCUGGGCGAGUCCUUUCUCCUCCAUGCUCUGGCUGAUCGGAGCCUCUGGUGUGACCAUCCUCGGCCACGCCGCUUUCAUGGAAAAAGACGUUGCAGCCAGUUUCUCCGAGGAGGCGGUCUAG